CUUCUCUCUUGGUCAGGUAAAUGGGCACCAGCCGCUAUGGGCACAGAGGCCGUAGGAAGAACUCAGGAGGGGCUCCACUGCUGGUUAGAGCUCAGCAAGCCCCUCCGCCAGGUUCUCAGAGCUCUCACCUGCCUCCUCUCCCUCCUCCCCAGUCAGCUCAGGCCCCACUGAGGGCCACAUUCUCACGAAGGCCGUCCUGCUGGCCUGUGGACACACUCACAGGGCAGCAAUGCCCCCAAUACCCACUGAUCACCGUGGUCAGGCUGGGGAGGGACGGUGGGAACCUGCCCCAGGGUUGGUUGGAGGUGUUGGGCUGAGCUGGGGACCGUGGCAGGCCCUGCUGGUCACUCUGUGUCCUCUGGGCCUGCGGAGGUUAGCUGGGCAGUAGCUCAGCCUCUCACAGCUUCUCCUUCAGGCUGGACAAGGAGGGGGCCCAGGGUCCACUCAGGGCCCCGGUCUGGGGUCUCCCUGGAGGCUCCUGGUGACAAACGGCCCCUCCCCUUCUGGAUGUUGGUAUCCAUGGCAACACUGUAGAACCUUUCUCUCCCCAGGCCUGCUUGGAUUUCAGGCCUCAGCUCCCUCAACAACAUCAAGAAUGGCCCCUGAAUCUUGUCAGGAGGCUGAAGAUGCCGAGGAAGAGGCUUUCCCAUCCCUGGUGGACCGAGAACUGGUCAGCGGCCACGUGGGGCCUCCAGCCAGCGCCUCUGCCGACCCUGGGGCUCCCGCGUGCCCUCAGGACACCAAGCCCAGCUGCACCAGGAUGGUCUCCUCCGUCAGCCUGCAGUCUGUCCCAGAGUCCCUGGACCCCCGCACCCUGCGGCUGCUGUGGAGGCAGCGAGAACUGGAGAUUCAGGCCCUGCGGUGGGCGAUUGAGAACCACCGGGAGGCCCGACACUGCCGUAUCCUGCAGGAAGUGGCUGGGCUUCCAGCCGAGAGGAGCUCGCGCAGUCGGAAGUUCUUGCAAAACCAGGUCCAAAAGCUGACUCUGGAGUUGGAAGAGCAUAAGGAACAGGCCCAGCUGGAGAAGGCACACCUGGAGGAGCGGCUGCUGCAGACCGGAAACACGCUGAGGCAGCUGGAGGUCGAGUUGCAGGCCUUGCAGAAGUCCUGCCUCCUGCAGCUGGCCCGCUCCUCCUGGGUGGGCCGCAUGCUGCGGUCUUCCACGGGCAGUGUGGAGGUGGUGACGGCAGAGACCCUGAUGGACCCCAGUGACCUCUCUGAGAACGAUCGGUCCCCCACUGCUGGGGAGGGUUUCCGGCUGGAGGAUGUGGACUGGAACAGCAUCGCCCACCGGUACCCCAACCUCUUCACCGACCUCGAGUCCAGCUUGGAUCAAAAGCACCCCCGGGCCCUGCCGCUCCCGGAGCUCCCACCGGCCACACAGCCUGACCAGUGGAACUCAGAGCCGUACUGCUGGCAGAGGGAGCAUCGUCUCAAGAGCGUCGAGUGGAGCUCCCUGCCCCUGGUGGGCGCCAGCAGCUCCGGGGGUGCCGACUCCGAGUCCAGCAGCUGCCUGCUGGCUGCACGCUAUCACGUGCAGAAAGUGACAGGGGACCCUCUCCAGGCGCCAGGCCACACUGCAGAGCAGAGGGAGGCACAGGCACAGAGCCUCUGCGGGGACAGUCGAGCAGCGUGGGCAGGCCGCCUCUCCCUGGAUCUCCGGAAAACCCACUCGGACAGGCAGGGCAGCAAUGGCCAGGAGGCUGAGUCCUGUGCGGAUCCCCACCCCCGGCAUUCCGGGCGCUGUCCAAGCCCCGCGGGCUCCUGCCUGAAGAUCGUGGCGGUGAGCCGCCGCCGGAGGUUCGUGCGCAUCCUCAACCAUUCGCUGGAGGAGACGGCCGACCUGGGUGGCUUCGUGCUGCAGCAGCUGGUGCGCGACUUCCCCGUGUGCAUGUACCGCUUCCCGCCCAGCACACUGCUGGAGCCAAGGCACCACAUCACGGUGUGGGGCGAGGCGCCCGGCAGCACCAAGCGGCAGCCACCCUCGUCCUUGGGCCAGGAGCCCGUCCACUUCCACUCCAGCCGGGGCUGCGUGACCCUCCUCCUGAACCCCCAAGGCGAGGUCCUCAGCGAGCACCAGGCCGCGCACUGCGUGACCCCCGUGUGUAGGAUCUUCUCCGACAACACCGACUUGUCCAUCGACCGUUUCCCGCUCUCAGAGGCCCGGCCCGGUGCCGACCUCGCGGAGCAGCAGCCCCUGCCUCGACUCCCGCGCAAGGGUCGGGUGCAGGAGGCCCGGGCCGGGCGCCGGAGGCCGGGGACGCGGGUCCAGUUGCCCCGCCUGAGCACCAGCAAGCUCCUCCGCCAGCGAGAGGUGCCAGCGCGGCCCGAGGGCGCCGCCGAGACGCACCCAGAGCUCCUGCCCGCCAGCCCCAUCCCCAUCCCCGAGGCAGGGCUGGGCCUCGAGGACUGCCAGGCUAGGAAGGAACUCAAGGUCCGGGUGCGCCGGAAGAGCGUGGACCGCGGUUGUCCGAUGGUGGCGCUUUCGGUGCAGAGCACGGCCGAGAGCAGGUUCGGCUUCCGCUUCCUCAGCUGCCCGCCCAUCACCGCGGACUCGCGCUGGCCGGUGUAGGGCCGGGCAGGGCGGCGGCACCAGCGCCUGUGCUCCCGCGUCUCCACGACUGUGGCUGCGGGGCGGGGCGGGGAGAAAGCGCCGGAGGCAGGCGGUGCCAGCUGCAUAGUUUAUUGAACGAACGCCGCCUACCAAGUA